UACACAAACACUGCGCUGCUGUGAAAUCGGGGGACUGAAGAUAAAGACAGCCAUUUAACUUAUUAUCUAUCUUUGUUUUAAUGGUUGUUUAAUAUUAGCUAGAUUAUCUCCUGCAGCCUCCGUCUCCGAGCUGCUGUAAGUCCGUACAAAAGACAUGCCUCCUCCAGAUACCAUGUACUGCUCCCAGCAGAUCAACAUUCCCCCAGAACUGCCUGAUAUCCUCAAACAGUUCACUAAAGCUGCUAUUAGAACACAGCCGCAUGAUGUGCUGCAGUGGGCUGCUGCCUAUUUCUCAGCACUGUCAAAAGGUGAAACUCUUCCGGUCAAGGACAGGCUAGAAAUGCCAGUAGCAACACAAAAGACAGACACUGGACUGACUCCAGGCCUUCUCAAGGUCCUUCAUAAACAGCUUUCACCUAAAGAAACCGUAACGAAAGAAGAGUUGCUGAAGAAGUGGAAAGGUUUGUGCUUGCCAGUUGAACAGCUUGAUACUCUCCUUGUGCUCGGUAAUUUUGAAGCACAAAUCAACUGGAUGCAGUUCUUUACUCUGGGCUGCAGUGCGUUGGGUGGGACUAUUAUCAGUGCGCUGAAACACGCAUGUGAAAUCCUGACUGAGGACCCAGAGGGCGCGGCCGCUCGGAUCCCUUUCGACACAUUUGUGACUCUCUACACAUACCUGGCACAACUAGAUGGAGACAUUCCUCAAGAUCAGAUAGACAGUUUCCUGCUCAGUCUACAAGAGCCUGUGGAACGCCAAGGAGGCAUGGUGCAGCCAGCUAAUUUCAUCGGCCUCAGCAGUGCAUAGAGGACCGUGUAGAAGAGAGGACAGAUGGCCCUCAGAUGUGCUCUUUCUACUGGGCUGUAUUGGCUUUAUAUAACUGAGCUACCAAGCACAAAAAGAAUGCCUUAUGUUCAUCAUGUUUCCUCUACAGAAUGUACACUUAGGUUUCUAGUGUGUUGGAU